GCUGAAGCUGGAAAUGGAGGAAGAGGCAGAUGAAUAUGUUUUGCCAGGAGCCCAACAAAAAUCCACAGGGUACUUUCGCUUUCUCCAAUCCUGCAGGAGGACCGGAGGGGGAGUGGCUUUGACCCAGCAGGCUCAGCCCAUUUCCUUCGAGGAGGUCGCCGUCUGCUUCUCCAAGGGAGAAUGGUCUCUCUUGGGCCCCAGUCAGAGAGUUCUGUACAAGGAAGUGAUGCAGGAGAAUUAUGAAAAUGUGACUUCUCUCGUUAUCUCGCUCACUGGUUUGGGUCCAAACUCCUGGAUGGAGGAAGAAGAUGAGGCCAUUUUGGGUCUACGCUCUCAAGUUUCUGAGAAAGGGAACAAUCAAGUUGUCAGCACUGCAGCAUCCCAGCAGCAAGAGAAGAGCAAGAAGGGGAAGAGCAAGAAAAAAAAGAAGAAGGAGAAGAUGGAGAAAGAGAAGAUAGAGAAGGAGAAGAUGGAGAAGGAGAAAGAGAAAGAGAAAGAAAAGGAAAAGGAGAAAGAGAAGAAAAACAGUCCCCAUCAAGCAAAUGUUGGAGAAAUUGUAGCUCAAAGUGCCUUGAGUAAAGACACAGAGGAGCCCACAACUUCUCAGCGCAAAUCUGACAGACAGAAGGAAGCUGGACAAAAGACCAAAGAAGCGAAAUCCAUUCUUUCUCCCGCUGACCGUCAAAAUACCAGCAAAGUCCUCCUUCACCCAGGAACCGGCAAAGGAAGGAAACCAAAACCAUGUCCCAAAUGCGGGAAGGAAUUUACUCAGAGUCUCCUCCUCCUGAAACAUAAGCAGAUGCACCAAAGGACCACGCCCUACCAGUGUUCGGAGUGCGGGAAGGUCUUCAGCCAGCGCGCCCAUCUUACCAAACACAAGAAAGCGCACAAAAAGGAGAAACUGUUCAAGUGCUCCGACUGCGGGAAAACGUUCCAUCGGAGCUCCCAUUUCCAUUCCCACCAACGGACCCACAGAGGGAUCAAACCUUUCAAGUGUUCGGAUUGCGGGAAGAGUUACACCCGGAUGCCCGACCUCCGGAGGCACCAGAAAUCCCACACGGGAGAGAAGUCGCACAAAUGCUCCGACUGCGGGAAGAGCUUCGGCUUGUACUCCUCGCUCGUCAAGCACGAAAGGAUCCACACGGGGGACAAGCCGUACAAGUGCACCCACUGCCCCAAGAGUUUCUGCCAGAGGACCCACCUCAUUGUGCACAAGAGGACCCACACGAAAGACAGGCCCUUCAAAUGCUCGCGUUGCAAGGCCGGCUUCGUUCAGAAGGCCCACCUGAUCUCGCACCAGAGAUCCCACACGGGGGAAAAACCCUUCUGUUGCCACAGCUGCGGCAAAAGCUUCAAACGCAACUCCACCCGCGUGAAACACGAGAAAAGACACGAGAAGACCAGCGCGGAGCCUUCGCUCCCUCUCAAGGCUUCCCCGUCAACGCUUCCUCUCAACGCCCCGCUUCCUCUCAACGCCCCGCUUCCUGUCAAUGCUCCCCCCGCUCAAAGACCAAGCUGGAGGUCCAGAUUGAGAACCAUGGGAAGACUUGGUAAAGCGGCUGCUUAACCCCUUCCUAGCAAAAAGAAGAAGGAAGGAAGAACAGCGGAUCUGGCCUGGGAAUAUCUUGGACAGGAUUUCGCAGUUAAUUUUGAGAAACUCGAGAGGAACGGUGGAAGGCUUCAAGUAACGUCUUAGAAAAGCCACGGGAGAGGAAGGGAAAGGGUUAACCUUUCUUCUAUCCUGGGCCAAAAUGGUGCUUCUUUC